AUGGCGCUGCCUGAGGGCGAGCGUCCUGGCCUGCGUCAAAUGGAGGCACAAGUGGAGUGUAGCCGCAAAGCCAUCUUCAACUAUCUCAAGGACCACGUGAACUACGGAAAGCGGCACACCAAAGGCCGCCCCAAGAAGAUGUCGGCCCGUGACACGCGUCGCCUCUUCCGAGUUGCGGCGCCCGGCGACUCGAGCGCGCCCAAACUAGUCCAAAAGUUGGAGCUCAAUGUCUCCAAGUCCACCGUCUCUCGCACCCUCGCGUCCUCCGGCAUCUUCCAAUACGUGAAGACUAACAAGGCCCCCCAAUUGACCGAGGCUCACAAGCAUGCCAGGGUCGCCUGGGGCACAAAGUAUGCAAGUACUAGUGAUGACACCUGGGCCAAAACCAACUUCUCUGAUGAGAAGAAAUGGAAUUUGGGAUGA